CCUUCCCCACCAGACGGCUGCCCUGCCCUCCCACGAAAUGCUACCGGCCGGGGGCCACUGCCUGCUGCCAUAAAACCCGGCGCCAGGCAAAGGGCUGCCCGGCAACCAUGCAGAGCUCCAACCCGGCCGCUCCCGCCCUGCACCUGCUCACGUCCUACUUCAUCGACAGCAUCCUGGGCAGCCGAAGCGCCGCCGCCCAGCACGGCGGAGACCCCGCAGAACCAGGGAAGCCCUCCCCGGGCCGGCUGCUGGCGGAGGAGAAGCUGGCUUUCCCGGCGGACGACGAGGAGGAGGCAGCGGGCGAGGGCGACUGCGACGGCCUGGAGGAACGGCGCGCCUCCGACACAAGCGCCUCCGACACAAGCGCGGCGGUCCCGGCAGCCGCCGUCGAGGCCGCAGGGCCGGGGCAGCUGAAGAGGAAGCAGCGCCGCUACCGCACCACGUUCAGCAACUUCCAGCUGGAGGAGUUGGAGCGCGCCUUCCGCAAGUCCCACUACCCCGACGUCUUCACCAGGGAGGAACUUGCAAUGCGGCUAGACCUCACGGAAGCCAGAGUUCAGGUUUGGUUUCAAAACCGAAGAGCCAAGUGGAGGAAACGAGAGAAAACUGAAAUUUUAGGGGGCAUGCCUGGGAUCUCCUUGGCACAUCCUUUGGGUCUGUUCUUGGAUGUCCCACUGAGUCCAUCUCCUCUCUUGGACCCCGCAUGGCGAUCUGUGCCAGUUUCCACAAUGGCUGUUCCAUCAAUGGCACCAGCUUUCAGUCCAACAACGAUGACUCCAUUUGGCCUCGGCAGCCUCACGUGGACAUCCCUCUUCCGAAACCCAGUUUUAAGCCCUCAACUUGGAAGGUUCCUCAGCGCUCUGAACCCUCUCAUAACAACCUCUUCCGUCCUAAUGAAAGCUCCUGGCCCCCCAGCAGACCCUGUUGCAAUGGCCUUCGCUGACCCAGUAGCAGCUGAAAGGAAAACUUCUAGUAUUGCAGACCUGAGACUUAAAGCAAAAGAACAUUCGGCACAAAUCCCUCAACUGAAUCAUGUAGCCACUUUAACAAGUGCUAGCAAAGAUCUUUAACCAUUUAUCUGGAUGGGGCAGGAAGAGGCCUGCAAUUUUGUCUGAAAAAUACCAUCUCUCGUAAAUGGACAUAACUGCAGAUGAUGCGAAGAAAACAGCCUCCCGAGGAAAACCAGACUGCCAAACAGAGUGUCCUCUUUGGGGGGGAGGGGGCUGAGGUUUUGUACAAACGCACUUCAUCUAUUUCCAUAUUCUGUGUGUGUGUGAUCUAUGCGAAACGUUCUGUAAUUUUAAAAACUGACGUAUGUGAACAGGUAAGUAAAUAUACUAUAGCAAUCAUGA